AUGACUUCCUCCCUGGGCCUCCCAGGCCCGUCGGGAAACAACCCCAGCGACGCCGCCCUCAAUAGGCGUUGGAACGAGUUCCUCGACACCCACAACCUCCGAACGAUCCUCCAGACGUCGCCGGCUCAGAUCGACCAACAGCAAGCUGACGCGCUCGCGGCCUUGCGCGUGCCAUACGAGCAGCGCGCCGCCAACGAGGCCUACGUCCUGAGCAUCUGGGACCAGAUCGACCUCAUCGUCGACUACUUGCCGCCUGACGUCAACCCCGAGUGGCGGGCCCAAGAGCAGCUCCUCAAGCGCACAGCCCUACGCCUCGCGGCUCGAAGAUCACGCCUCAAGGCGGACAUGGAACUCUGCGAAACCCACUGGGAACCGAAUAUCUUGCCCCUCGACAUGGCUCCCAAGGGCAAGGGGGCAAGCGGGAAGAAGGUCGAGGUGGCGACGUCGCUCAUCAACACGAUUUACUACCUCGGCCACGAACCGGGCGAUCCCAUCUUCUCCUACUGUCCACUGCCCUUGACAGCGCCGAAUGACGAGCGCAACUUCACCUACCGCGGCUGCGUUCCACGCGACCCCCGCGAGGACAUGCUGCGCUUGCAGAUUCUCCUGCCCAAGGUCGUCGCGCACGUCGUUGCACUGCUUGCCUUCUCCCCUGAGAUGGUCUCGGACUUCCCUGAGAAGUGCUGGGAGCUGAUGGACCGUACCGACGACCUCGCCAGCGGCGACGACAAAUACGGCGGCCUCCUGAGCGAAAUCCGGACGCUCUGGAUGCACAAAUUUUCCGUACAAGACCCGGCGGGCCACGCGCUGGUGGGCGAGGCGGCGUGGCUGGUCUGUGGCCUGUGUCGCGGGGGCCUGGACAUCAAGUGCCCUAAGAAGAGACGCCGGUUGCGCGGUCUAUGGUAUGGGCUCCUGCCGCUCAUGGAUGUCUUGACAUUCGACAAGGACGAAGACAUGACAACGUUCGACGGGCUGGAGACCAUCGUGGAACUGUACGUCCGAGACCAGGGCCGCAAGGCGCACGAUAUGGUGUUUCGAGACGGGGAGUAUGACCGCGCGUUGCUGUACCAUGAGGACGCCAUCCACAAGAACCUCAAGCUUGACCCUAGCUCCGGGGGUGGCACAUCAGAGGGGCACAUCGGGGGACACCUCGACCCCAACGACUCCGACUCCGAACCCGUACCGAUCCCUGACGAGGUCCUGGCCGCGUGCGACAGCAUCAACUGGCGCUUUGGAACCCCUGCCGAACCAGCACGAGCCGAACCAUCCGAGUCAGUCGUUCCUGCAGCAGUAUCAACAGCAGCGAAGAAAAAGAGAAAAGAGACCGGAGUGAAGGACGCCACCUCCACCACCACCGCAACCGAUCAGAAACCAUCGCGAAAGAGAAAAGGAGGCCGACCCCCGAAAGCUCGCGCCGCCGCUCCUCCCCCACCCUCGAACCCCACCGCCAACUGA